UGUGUGCGUCUAUUGCGGCUGCAGCAUUUUCAAUAUUCGUUUUCGUCGUGAAACUGUGCACCAAAUCAAAGAAAAGCAUAAAAAAAGUGUUGCACAAUGAAUACACUCGGUCCUAAAAAGGACGGAAGUCCCAAUAUUGAAUUUUUCCAAUCGCCGGAGACGCUGCAAGGCUUUGAGUCUAUACGACUAUGGCUACAAAAGAAUUGUAAAAAGUACUUGGCGCAUAGCUCAGAGCCAGUAACAAAGGAAUCCCUUGCACAAUUGCUAAUACUAUUUCUGCAAUAUGUGGAGGCCAAAUUGGGAAAAAACUCGGCUGAACCGCCGGCAACGAGAAUCCCGAUGCGCUGUUUUCUGGAUUUCAAAAACGGUGGAGGUCUCUGCAUAAUUUUCUCCACCAUGUUUCGUUUUCGGGCCGAGCAACGUGGCAAAAAGUUUGACUUUUCAAUUGGGAAGAAUCCUACCCGCAAGGAUCCCAACAUUCAAUUGCUGAUCGAGAUCGAACAGGCCCUUGUAGAGGCAGAUCUCUAUCGCAUACCUUACAUCUAUAUAAGACCAGAGAUUGAGAAGAGCUUUGAAGCACGUCUGCGUGAGAUUCUUGACAAUCGGCGUGUUGAGAUCGUCACUGAUGAGGAGGAUGCCACGCAUAUUGUGUAUCCUGUCGUGGAUCCACAUCCUGAUGAAUAUGCUCGCCCAAUUUUCAAGCGUGGCAAUCAUGUCAUGCUUCACUGGUACUACUUUCCUGAGUCAUAUGACUCUUGGACACUGAAUAGCUUCGAUUUGCCGGAGAAUAUACCCGAGAACCCAGAAUCGCCUGCAGAACGUUGGCGGGUGGCUGCAUCAUGGAUUUUAGACCUGGAGCAGUACAACGAGUGGAUGGCCGAGGAAGAUUACGAGGUGGAUGAGGUGGGAAAGAAAAAGACGCACAAACAGCGCAUGUCCAUCGAUGACAUUAUGUCCUUUGGUGAUGACAAAAAGAAGCCCACCACGAGCAGCGGCAGCGGCAAACAAAAACGACGUCGGUCGCCGUCACCCACAACCUCAACGUCUACAUCGAAGCCGGGAAAGCGAAAGCGGUCUCCUGCGGUCAUUCACAAGAAAUCGCGCAACGAUGACGACGAUGAGGAUCUUACACGGGAUCUCGACGAUCCGCCGGCUGAACCUAACAUCCAGGAAGUGCAUAAGGCAACGCAUUCGGCGCUGCAAUCGACAGCCAGCCCAGCACCCGGUGGCAAAUCACGAGGUGACAACGAUAUGAUGCCUAUUAAAGGUGGCACCAUGACUGAUCUGGACGAUGAAAUGACUGGCGGCAGUGCUGCCCAGGCGCUGUCCACCGGCGACGGCGACAAUUCUCAAACGGGCAAGACCAGCGACAACAGUAAUACCCAGGAAUUUUCAUCCUCGGCCAAGGAGGAUAUGGAGGACAAUGUGACCGAACAGACGCAUCACAUCAUUGUGCCCUCAUAUUCGGCCUGGUUCGACUACAACUCAAUUCAUGUCAUCGAAAAGCGCGCCAUGCCCGAGUUCUUCAACAGCAAGAACAAAUCCAAGACACCAGAAAUUUAUAUGGCCUAUCGCAACUUUAUGAUAGACACCUACAGGCUUAAUCCCACAGAAUACUUGACCAGCACAGCGUGUCGGCGCAAUUUGGCUGGGGAUGUGUGCGCCAUAAUGCGCGUACACGCGUUCCUGGAACAAUGGGGUCUCAUCAACUAUCAGAUUGAUGCCGACUUGCGUCCCACUCCUAUGGGGCCGCCGCCCACCUCACACUUUCACAUACUCUCGGAUACGCCGUCUGGUUUGCAGGCAAUCAAUCCACAAAAGACGCAACAACCGUCGGCGGCCAAGACACUGCUCGAUCUUGAUAAGAAACCGCUGGGUAAGGAAACUGGCGUCGAUUGCGAUAAGACCAGCGGCGGCGGCUUAGGCAUCAAAACAGAGACACUGGAGAAUGGCGCCACUAGUGGUUUAGCCUCUGGGGUUAGCCAGUUUGGCCUGAAAUUGGAUCAAUAUGCCAAGAAACCGGCGGCCAUGAAAAAUCGCACUGCGGCGAGCAUGUCGCGCGAGUGGACUGACCAGGAGACGUUGCUGCUGCUUGAGGGCCUUGAGAUGCAUAAAGACGACUGGAAUAAAGUGUGCGAACAUGUGGGUACCCGCACCCAAGACGAAUGCAUUUUGCACUUUUUGCGCCUGCCCAUCGAGGAUCCGUACCUUGAAGAUGAUGGCGGCUUCUUGGGCCCUCUUGGCUGUCAGCCAAUUCCAUUCAGCAAGUCUGGCAAUCCUAUUAUGUCGACAGUUGCAUUUCUUGCAUCCGUGGUGGAUCCGCGUGUUGCUGCUGCCGCUGCAAAAGCUGCCAUGGAGGAAUUCGCCGCCAUCAAGGACGAGGUGCCAGCUACUAUUAUGGACAACCAUAUGAAGAACGUGGAGAAGGCCUCAGCUGGUGGCAAAUUCAAUCCCAACUUUGGUCUGGCAAACAGCGGCAUUGCCGGCACUGGUAAUGACAAAGACGAUGACGAAUCAAAGGAGGGAAACAAUAGUAGCUCCACGGCAGGCGGUAACGAUGAGGAAAUGAAGGAUAUUAACAAAAAAGACGCUACAGACGAAGCCAAGUCCAAAGACAAAACGAAAUCGGAUAAGCUCAACACAAACACAGACUCAAGUUCCACAUCAACAACAACAACUACUACAACAGCAACAAGCAACACGCCCACCACCAAUAACACAGAUAAAAAAUCUAAAGAUUCGUCGUCGUCGUUGGCCGGCGGCGACAAAGCCAAUAAAAUCGACAAAAUGAGCAACGCCUCAAACAAAACGGCUUCCAACUCCUCACCCACAGAAACUAGCACCAACAGCGAUGUUGAGAUCAAAACGGAAGACAACAGUGGGGACGGCGAGACCAAGGAUGGCAGCAACGAUGCCAGCAGCGGUGGAGCUACAGCCAAGGACGGGGCCUUCAGCGAGAACAAUAUGCAAACAGCAGCAGCCGCAGCAUUGGCCUCGGCGGCCGUCAAGGCGAAGCAUUUGGCAGCGCUGGAGGAGCGCAAGAUUAAGUCGCUGGUAGCAUUACUGGUGGAGACACAAAUGAAGAAGCUGGAAAUCAAACUACGUCAUUUUGAGGAGCUGGAGGCAACCAUGGAGCGUGAACGCGAAGGUCUUGAAUACCAGAGACAACAGCUUAUCACGGAGCGCCAGCAAUUCCAUCUGGAGCAGCUGAAAGCGGCCGAAUUUCGAGCGCGCCAGCAGGCGCAUCAUCGCCUACAACAGGAGUUACAGCAACAGGGACAGCAAGUUGGCGCUGCUGCGGGUGCCAUGAUCAUGCCGCCACAACAACAACAACAACAGCAGCAGACAUUACCGCCGCCGCAUCAUCACCAGCAGCAACAGUCGCAGCAGCCGCAACCGGUGGGAGCGCCUUCAGCACAGCAUCAACCGUUGCCGGCGCACAUAGCUGCAGGUGCCAAUGGUGCACCUUUUCCAGCGCCGCCAGUUGUCCCUCCUGCAGCCGCUGCGCCGCCAACACCGCCCGGCGAGCUGCCUGCACCUGUUGCGCAAGCUCAAGCGCCUACGCCAAUGGAAACUACACCGCCAGCUAAUGCAGCACCUGUUGCCGAGGUCGCCAGCGUGGCAGCAGUUGCGCCCAGUACUGCGCCUGCUCCAAGCAUUCCAGCGGCAAGCGUUCCGGCUGUUAAUCCUCCUCCUCCUCCUCCUUCAUCUUAAAACUAUGUGUGUAGGCAUGAAAAAAAACUGUAGUUAUAAGUUGCACGCUCUCAGUAUGUAUUGUAUACUCUUCCCUCCCGUAACCCAAUUGUCUGUUCCCGCUUGAAAUCCCUUCAUUAGUGUACUUAUAUAUUUUGUUGUAGUCCCUUUGUGGCGCCUGCUCAUUUGUUCUGACUAGGCGCCCUUUCAUUUAUUUACACAAUUUUGAACCAAGUUUCAAACCGAAAACUGCAUUAAAAUAAAG